GCUGGUGCCGGACUACAGCUCCCGGCGAGCCGCGCGGGCGGGCAGAGCCGGGCGGCGGGAGCGGAGCGCAGCGCAUCCCGCAGCGGGCACCGCCGCCUCCGCCCGCAGAUCCGGCGAAGCCUGCGGCAGCCAUGGCGUUGGUGAAGAGCGGUUGGCUCUGGCGGCAGAGCUCCAUCCUGCGCCGCUGGAAGAGGAACUGGUUCGUGCUCUACCUGGAUGGCAGCUUGGUUUACUACCACGACGAGACGCAGCGGGACAUGGACGGCCGGAUCCACAUCAAGUACAGCUGCCGGGACGUGCGGAUCGGCCGCGAGUGCAAGGACGUGCAGCCGCCCGAGGGGAGGAGCCGGGACUGCCUGCUGACCGUGGUGCUGCGGGACGGCUCCAAGACCACGCUGUGUGCCCAGAGCGAGGACGACGCUGUUGCUUGGAAGAUGGCUGUGCUGGAGGCUAAAUCCACCCCGGUGCACGUGUACGACCCCUACGACGACGACUACUACCAGACGGUGCCUCUGGACUCCCACCAGGCCGCCUACAUCAGCUCCGGCCACUACGGCCACCAGUACGGAGCUCCCGGGGUGACCCACGUCAUCGUGCGCGAGGAUCCCUACCGCGUCUCUGGGGACCAGAUGGCCCUGGGGCUGCUGGCAGGGGCCGCCACUGGCGCCGCCCUGGGCUCCUUCAUGUGGAUGCCGUGCUGGUUUUAGCAGCCCCCAGGCCGGGCCUCGGCCCCCCCUUUGCUCCCCAGCCCGGUCUAACCUACCCCUGGCUUCGAACCUGCCCUGAGCCCACCUCAGCCUCCCCAAAACACCCUGGGGACAGAGACAUCCCCACACGCCCUCCUCCCAGCCCCAGCUUCUGCAUUAAAUAACCCCCAAGUGCUUCAGAGCCCCCCCAAAACCCACUCCAGAACCCCACAGCAUCCGAUUCCCAUCGGCAAAGGGCCCGGGGAGCUGCCGGGGCUGUUGGCAGAGCUUCCCCACCCCAAAUCUCCACAGGGAGCUGGCUGCAGAAAUACCGUGUUUGGGAGCGAGGGGGAGUCAAUAUGGGGGGAAGUGGCUGGAUCUUUUUUGGCUGGGUGAACCCCACAAUGCAGAGGCUUUUUAAGGGCUGUUUUUGGGAGAGGCUCCAGCACUGGAGCAGGAGCUGACACAGGGGGCAACCACAGGGAUGCUCAAGAGGUGGGUGAAGGAUUAAGGAGGAUGAAAACCUUUGCAGGAUUUCCACCCCUUUCCAACUCUCACCGGUUUCCCGGGCCUGGCCAAGUUGGCGAAAUGGUGCAAAACCCUCAGGAACUGGAGUUAAACCCUUGGGAACCAGGCUGAGAACAGCCCAGGGAAUAUCCCAACCUUUCCAGCCAAGUGGGAGGGACACACAGCAUCCUCAGUUUCACCUUGAUUUUUGGGAGGGCGAGAAGGGCAGCUCUCCAUGGGGACAAGGGAUCCUUUCUGGCAGCCAAGCCAGGAUCUUCACAGCAGGGAUUUGGGAUUGAGGGGGGACACACGGUCAGGCCAGGGGACAAGCAGCAGCUCAGGGUUUUGGUAGGGCAGCACCAGGGAGAUGGCGAUGGAAGGGGUGAGGAGCAGCUGCCGAGCAUCACCCCCAGAGCCAGGAUUGUAUCCUGGAACCACGACUGAUACUGGAUUUAGGAAUUACAAACCCCAUAGCUGGAUAGAAAACCACCAGUGAUACCAGCACCCCAACCUGCUCUUGCCUUUAGAGCCCCGGGUCAGUUCCUCCCUGUGCCCAUCGGGGGACUGGGACAUCCCAACACACCAUCCUCAUCCUCUCCUGCAUUCCCUGCCUCUCUCCUGCUAUGCAUCCGCUCCCAGAAAGAGAAAAAACAAACAAA